AUGUCGUAUUUGUCGAAAAUUGACGUUGAUCUUACACAAUUCAAUGAUCAAUAUACAAAGCCACAUGUUGUGAACCUUUUCCUAGAUGGGCAACAUUCCGUUACUGAAUUAAACACUACUAAUACCUUAUCAUACUUCUUGGAAAAUGACUAUUCCAACACAAUACGCCUAUCAAAUGGAGAAUGCAUCUGUUAUCAAUUAUCAAUUGAUUAUAAAAAACUAACCAUAUAUCGUCUAACUGAUCCAAUCAAUGGGAAAACAAUUUGCAUCCAUUUCCCUGACCCAAUAAUGAACAGUCAUCAUCAUAUGUUAACUGUAUUGGAAACAGAUAAUAGCAUUGACGACCCCUCAUUAAUGAUUAACACAAUCUUGACCAAUGGUAUCUAUUUAACAAUUAAAUUACCUAUUGAUUAUCUCAUAACAAAUAGUAGUAAUGAUAUCAAUAUUUCAAACUACGAGUGGUUUAAUAUUCAAAGACCUUAUGAUUUUACUAUUAGGUCCCCUCAUAUGUUAAUGACAAUAUCAGAGAAACUUUCUGUCAUUUGUCUAGAUGAUGGUGGUUUAUUAGGAUUGGUCUCGACACAAGAUGAUGGUAAAGAAUUACAACCAAUUCUUUUCAAUGAUAACUCAUAUUUGAAAAGCGUGGCAACUUUACUCUUUAGAAGAAAUAAAGAUAAUAUCACCUCGUCAAAAGCUAUAAGUUAUAUCGUAUUUGAACAGAAAUUCUUAAUCAUAUUAACUCAGAGUUGCCAUUUGAAAAUUUGGAAUUUAUCUACCUUUAUUCUGGUACAAAAUUAUGAAUUACCUAAGGAUUUCCAACAACAAAAUACCACUAUAAGGGGUUAUGAUUUAAUUGGUUCAUACCUUUCCAUUUUUAAUAACAAUUUAGCCAUCUUUUUGCCUUUUGAAAAUGGUAUGUUCCAAUUGGGGAACUUAUUAUUUGAUUCAAAUGGUAACUUAUCAUAUACUCCAAUGACCACUUUAGAAACUAAUUUACCAACAUCAUCCAUUUGGUCUCUAUGUGAUAUGAAAUUAUUAAGACCAUUUAAUUUAAGUAUUUCAUCAAGUUACUUGAAUUUAGUCCUAUUAUGGAAAAGUGGGUCAUUAUCUAAAUUACAAAUAUUAAACAUUACUGAUAACACUUUUAAAAAUUAUCAAUGGAUUGAAGCUACCAAUAAAUCAUUAAGUGAUAUUCAAUCUGAAUUAUUACAAGAUAUCGAUUCAACGGAUCCUGCAACUACUUAUUUCAAUUUGAAAGCACGUUAUUCAAUGAAUUUAUUCCAAAAGGCUGAACAAAUAUUAAAUGAAAAUAAUAUGACUAUAAUUCAUAAUGACCUAACGAGCAACCACGAAUAUUUAACUAACUUGGAGACUAUAUUGAGAGAUUUGAAAAUUAAAUGUGAUGAAGCAUCCAGUUUAACUAUUUAUAAUGAUGAUAUAAUCAUGAUUAAUUGUUUGCAACGAUAUAAUCAUUCAGUAUACAAGAUCAAUUCAUCGUUGGAACAUGUCUUCUACAACAUUAAUUCUCGUCUAGGACAGAAAAAUUCAGAUAUUUUGAGAUAUUGGAAAAUUUUAAAUGAAUUUUCAUCUUUGUUCUCAAAGGAAACCUUAUCCACAGUUUCGGAAAAAUUCAUUAAUAUAGUAACAAAUGGUUCAAUGAAAUCAGUUACAUCGUUACAAGAGAACUUCAAUGAAAUAUUUCAAUUAACAAUCAAACCUCAACUAUUAGAUACAGCAACUAUAAAUACUCUAUUCCAGGAUUUGAAUUCCAUCGACAUCGUCUCAUUAUUAAAUGAUUUAAUCAAUAAUUAUAUCAUCAUAUCUUCCCAACAGCAUCAUAAUCUAGUUAAUGCUAUACAAAAGGAUAGAUUUUCAAUGACUGUAUGCAUGAGCAGUUUGCAACAAUCUAUUAUUAUUCAAAAAAAGAUUAUCUUCGAGAUCCUAUUAAGUUUCAUUGCAUUAGAUUUUGAUUUUAAAAAUUUACAAAAUCAAUUGAACGAUUUCUUAAAAUUAUAUUAUAAUCAAAAUCUUUUCUUACAGCUUUAUAAACAAGAUAAAUUCUUAUUAAUGAAUGACAUUAACUAUUCGGACACAAUAAUAAUAACAACUGCAUCAGAGGAAUUUAAUUUUGGUAUUAAGUUACAAGGAUACUCAGAUCUGGAUAACUAUUUGGAAUAUGUUACUAAUCGUAUUUACAAUUUCCCCAUUGAAGAGAACCCAUUAUUUUUCAAAUUCUUUGAGAUGUACGUUAUCAAGGAUAAAACGCGCACCAACAAUAUCAUAUCAUCUACAUCGGAAAGUUUCUUAAAAUAUGUUCAUUUACCCUUCUAUAUCCAUAAUAAUGAAACUUAUGAAUUCAUGUUAGCAAUGGAUUUUUUCAUUUGUGGAGAUUAUAAACAAUCAUUUGAAUUUUUCCAAAAACAUGAAUAUACUUCGUUGAAGGAUGCACCAUUACCACAGACACUACGUCUAAUUUGUGAAAAUGAGGCACAAUCAACAAUAUGGUCUCCAUUGAUAUAUUCUUUUAAAGAAGCUUAUAAAUAUCCACUUUAUCAAUUUGAAUUGGCGAAAUUAUUUUCAAAAAGAAAUAGUAUGGAAUUUGCUUUAAGAGCAAUAAAAAAAUCCAUUGAAUAUUCAAUGCAAAACGUUGAGUUGAAUGUGCCAAGUGAUUUUACUGUGGAGCAGUAUAAAUUACAUUUAGAUUUACUAAUACAUUUCAAUAUGUUUAAUGAAGUCCUAGAUGUCUUAAGACUAAGUCAUGAUAUUCUUUCAACAAGUAUAAGAACGAGAUAUUAUAAAGAAUUAUUAGAUGAUAACUCAAAAACCGCGAAAUUUUUCUCUACAUUGCUUAACUCAUGUCAAAACGGUAAAGAUGGUUUAUAUUUACCACCUGCAGAUUAUAAAAUUGUAGAUCAAAUCUUUUUAAGUUAUUUGAGUUCUAAAAAUUGGAUUGAUUAUAAAAAAUUAUAUGGAUUCCGUAUGGCUAAUAAACAAGAAAGAGCAGCUGCUGAAAUUAUUUUCCACUAUUUAAUUAAGCUUGGAAAUGAUGAUCCGCAAGAAAAGAGGAAAUGUUAUUUAAUCAUUAUUAACAUUCUUUCAACAUUUGAAGAUGAGUAUGAUCAAUGGUUAUUAUCUGGAAACUCCGUGGUAACUUUGACAGAACUUAAACAUGAACUUAAAAGUUUGUACUAG